AUGAAUGAUAUGGAUCAAGCAAAAAAUGAUUUUCUACGAUUGUGGAGAAAAAGUUAUAGUGAAGAUACAGAGCAACCAAAAUAUGCUUAUGAAUUUGAGAAGUGCUUUCGACCAUCAAAAACUAUUUUGUGGUGCACGAGACAUGUGGUGCCAGUAGAGCUUGAGAUUCGAGUCGAACCAAGAAAAAUGAGCUUACCCUAUGCUGAUGUUAGGCAAUUAAGUUUUUAUUGUGCGGACGAAGAAGUAUUCAUUAUGAUGGGUACCAUAUUUCAAGUGAAUGAUGUACAUUAUUCUGACAGUGAGAAUAUAUGGAUAAUUAGACUUUCACUUUGUGGAGAAGAUGAUCCUCGGAGUCUUAAAGAUAUGAUUGAUUAUAUAAAAUAUGAAAUUAAAGAUACAGUAGAUUUAAUUACGUUAGCUGAUUUUUUCAUUAAAAUUGGAGAAUAUUAUAUGGCAAAAGAAUAUUAUCGAAAAUAUGAAAAUCAACUAUCAAUUAAUGAUCCUAACAUGAAACGUGUUUGGCAAGGUUUAUCAAUCAUUGCUGAUAUUCAAGGAAAUUAUUUUAUAUCAAUGGAAGAUUAUUCAAAAGCACAUGUAUGUUCCAGUGAACAAUUCGAUAUAUGUUGA